AUAGUAUAUGUGAUUUGAGGAAUAAUCGGAAACCGACGUGUUUCUCACCUUGUAAAUGAAUUCAUUUACAUACAUAGCAAAUUAAUGCAAAAUGUUUUUACAACUUUAGUUAUAAGCGAAGUUUCGACUCCUACGAGUGUGUUCUGCGCGUGAAUAUAUAUAGUAAAAUCGGUUUCCAUGUUUUGGGAUCAUGUUUACCGUAACAGGCAUAUCAUGCAGGAGUUCGAGGACCUAGAAGUGCACAAAACCAGUGUCUCUGUAUUUGUAGCGUUGUUUUACUUAGAAAUGCUGUAUAUUCUGAUUAUGACGCUGUCAAUAUUGAACAGACUGAAUCAGAAUAUGCCGUCGUAAAUCGCCGAAGAUUUCUCGGUAUACCUCAACAAUAAUUAAUUGACAAUGACUGACAUUAAGAUAAAGGAGCGGCUGUACCUCUCAAAGCCGGACAACAUCUAUGUGGACCAUCACCAGCUAAUGCAGCAUCAGGUUGAUGCUCUCCGGCUGCUCUAUGCCCAAUAUAAAAAGAAAAUGGGUGGUUUGAUUCUCAACGAUCCCAGUGGUUACGGGAAGACAGUGGUGGCAGUGCUGUUUCUGCAGGCGCUGCGGCAGGUACUGCCGUCGCCCGCAUUGGUGCUAUGCCGUGCGACAGAGCUACAACACUGGCGACACCACUUCCACACCUGGGCCACCACGGAAGACGUAAUCUUCGAGUCCUCUAACCCCUACGUGAAGAAGUCCAUCUUCGUGAACACUCGGCAGCAGCUGCCGUCGCUCUGCCGCCGCACCUGGUCCGUCGUCGUGGUCGACGAUGAUCUGCCGAGGGAACUGCAGGCCGACUUCAAGAUAUAUCUCACUAAUGAAGAUAUGAAGGAAAAUUUGAACACGUUUGCUUCAAUACACCGAUGGAUGUUCCCCAAAGAACCUGAGUUCGACAUCAAGCAAGUCACAGGACAUAAAAAUAGUCCCGCGGAUUUCGACAAAAAAGCUUAUUUACUCGAUUUUUUGUUUGAAGGAAUUGUAUUUAGAAGCAAGAAUUUCACGCCGUUUAAGAAACCAGAGACACAAGCACCUCCCGUACCGAUAGUAUUUGAGCCACCGCGGAUAUCACGGAAAAACAAAGACGCAACUGGAACGAAAAUAAAGCGCUCCAAAGCCAGAAUAGAGGCAGAGUCCAACCAGGCGGCCAAAAUCCCGAGAACCGAACCUACAGAGAGGAACUCCACUAUCACAUCUAAGGACUACUACAAAGAUAAAGAAAUGGACGUCGAAAGCUUUAUAAAAAACGAAAAGCCGAUAACAGGAGAAGGUGUUGAAGAAUUCAUGGAUUUCCAAGCAAUGAUAAAAUCCGAUACAGAGAAUUUUAAAGACAUAGUUAGGAAUGAAAGAUUGAAUGGUGAUAAGGUUAUUCUUACAGAGGAGAAUACAGACGUGUGCACCGCUGACUACCAGGAUGCGAUAAAUGAUAUAGUUAAUAAUGAAAAUGAUAAAAGUAAUGAAGAAACUUAUGGGAAUAUUGAUGUUAGGGUUACGGAAAGUGAUUCGGAUACAGGAAAGGCUAAUAAUAGUGUAAAUGUGAGUACAGAGAAUGAUGCAGAAGUUAUAAGUGUAAGUAAUAAUAAGAUAGAAGUACCCAAUUUAGAAGAAAAUAAGGAUGAGACAAUACAAUUAGUUAAUAAUGAAUCGAAGAAAGAUCUUGAAACUAAACUAACUGAAUUGGAAGAGAAGACUUUAAAUAAGUUUAAGGGGUCGAUUUUAGAUAGCUUAUUCUGAAUAAGUAUGUUUAACCGAUAGAUGUCAGAUGUUUGCAUUUUAAAAAGUAAGAGAAUAUGAACUGAUUGUUUAUAUAGGUGCAUUAUUGAGCACGGUGAA